GGUACUUUCUAACUUCAGAAAGCUUGUUGGUAUCUAUAAACCGAUUCUAGUUUUAUUAGUAUUAGUAUAAGCGGAAUUAACACUAUCCUUAUUUAUCUUCUUAGCUGCCCAAAUCUCAUUCUCAAUGCCAGGGCCCGUUCGCUAUUUCCCGAAUGGGGUGGACCGGGACUCCUACAUCAGCGGGGUGCGCCCCCAAGGAAAGUUUGGGGCUGCGCACGAUGUCUACAAACGUCGCGAUAAUCUCCCCGAUAACGUCUUUAAUUCCAUCCGAGAUGAGGUGCUUCGUGAGGAACGAUUGCGGUUAAACGAGGAAGGGGUGCUUGUUCGCGCUCGAUUAACAAUCGCAAAUGGAAAAGGAGGAAAGAAGAUGCUUGACGGGGAUAAGGGAAAUAGACAAGGUUUAGUAGAUGCGAUGGAGCAAAUUACCCAAAACGAAUGUCGACAUCAGGCGCUAAAGAACUUGUAUAAGCAGGAUCGCGAAGAGUGGACGACGUUGUUGGCUUCGCGUGGGCUUAGUUUCGAAUAGUCCAAUUAGAGGCAUGUAUUAUGAUGUACCUAUCUCUCUUUCUCUCACCCUUUUUAGUUGGUAUACACUUGUAUCAGUUCAGAGAAUGAGGGGUAAAAUUUUAAUAAAAAAGUCACUGCAUUUCCAUGGAGUGUAUU